CUAUAAUUUAUCGUAUACUUUAUUAUUUCAAUUUAUCAAUCGUAUAACUACUGAAUACUAAAACAAAGCAUUAAAAGUAAUUAAAGAACAAUGUAAAAAAUCACCGCGAUAAACAGAGAGCCGUCAUUGGUUGACGUUUACAUAGAAGCAUUCUGAUUGGCUGAGAGCACGAUAGCUCAUUCAUCGUUUCUGCCGUGAUAAUAGCGUUCGGUGUAUCAGCUGCCGGAGUUCAACUCGGAUGUUUUGGCAGCUGAUUUUAUUCUCGUUUAUGUCGCUCGAAAACUUUCUGAAGUUUCAGUCGUUCAUAUUAUCGAAGGAUUCGUGUUGUUCUUGUCAUUCUGUGAUAUUUCAUCGAUAGUGUAAGUAAUGAGAAAUGGACGAUAAUGCUUCUUCCUUUAUUCGGGAAGUAGAGAAUGAUGACGUCAUGUACUGAAACAUAAGCUGUUUUCACCUUGUUCCGAUACAACAGUAUUUCGCGGGUACAGGUGCAAAAUAGAUAGAAUAAAAGGAUAUAUUUGUACAUUGAUUGCUAAAUAAAUCAGAGGGAUUAUAAUGGAUUCUGAAGAGGAAAUGUAUGAUGAUGUUGAUUCUGGUAAUGAAUCCAGUGGGGAUGAUGUGGAUUUUGCGAUGGAAAUAGAAGCUGGAAAUCCAAGAGAAAGGGCAACGGAUGUUGAUGAUUAUCCUUUUGAAGUUUUGUCUACAGAAGAAAUAGUGCAGCAUAUGGUUGACUCCAUUAAGGAAGUCAACAUUGUUGUGGAAAUACCAGCAACAACUACUCGCAUCUUACUAAAUCAUUUCAAGUGGGAUAAAGAGAAAUUAAUGGAACGCUUUUAUGAUGGUGAUCAAGAAAAAUUAUUUGCAGAAGCAAGAGUCAUUAAUCCAUUCAGAAAGGGUCCAUUAAAUAGAAAUCGAUCAUCACAGAGUUCUCUGUCUCGAAGAACAUCAACAAAUGGUACAGAAGAAUGUGGAAUCUGUUUCACAGUGCAACCAUCUGCAAUGAUGACUGGUCUUGAAUGUGGCCAUCGCUUUUGUACUGGUUGCUGGGGAGAGUAUCUCACCACUAAAAUAAUGGAAGAAGGAGUGGGUCAAACAAUAGCAUGUGCAGCGCAUGCCUGUGACAUUUUAGUUGACGAUGCCAGUGUGAUGCGUCUUGUGAAAGAUCCAAGAGUUAAACUGAAGUAUCAACACCUAAUAACUAAUAGUUUUGUCGAAUGUAAUAGGUUAUUAAGGUGGUGUCCAUCUCCAGACUGUAAUAACGCUAUAAAAGUACAGUAUGUAGAAGCAAGACCAGUCACUUGUAAAUGUGGACACACAUUCUGUUUCCAUUGCGGUGAGAAUUGGCAUGAUCCCGUGAAAUGUCAUUUACUGCGUAAAUGGAUUAAGAAGUGUGAUGAUGAUUCCGAAACAUCAAACUGGAUCGCCGCGAAUACAAAAGAGUGUCCGAAAUGUAAUGUUACUAUUGAAAAGGACGGUGGAUGUAAUCAUAUGGUGUGCAAAAAUCAAAAUUGUAAAACUGAUUUUUGUUGGGUGUGUCUUGGACCUUGGGAACCACAUGGUUCUAGUUGGUAUAAUUGUAAUCGUUAUGAUGAAGAAGAGGCUAAGGCAGCUAGAGAUGCUCAAGAAAAAUCACGAUCUGCGUUACAAAGAUACUUAUUUUAUUGCAAUAGAUAUAUGAAUCAUAUGCAGUCACUGAAAUUCGAAAGUAAACUCUACGCGAGUGUGAAGGAAAAAAUGGAAGAGAUGCAGCAGCAUAACAUGUCUUGGAUUGAGGUACAAUUUUUAAAGAAAGCAGUAGAUAUCUUGUGUUCUUGUAGACAGACACUUAUGUAUACUUACGUUUUUGCUUACUACGUGCGAAAGAAUAACCAAUCUGUGAUUUUUGAGGACAACCAAAAAGAUUUAGAGGGCACUACAGAACGUCUUUCCGAGUAUUUAGAACGAGAUAUUACAAGUGAAAAUCUUGCUGACAUUAAACAGAAAGUUCAGGAUAAAUAUAGAUAUUGCGAUAGUCGAAGGAAGGUGCUUUUGGAGCAUGUUCACGAAGGUUAUGAAAAGGAUUGGUGGGAUUACGUGGAAUAGAGAUCUGCACCAGCUUCGUUUUCAGGGCGUACCGGACAAGGUUCCUUUCUUGUCGAUUUAGCCCCAGCUGUGAUAAAUCAAGAAAGCUGACAAGAGACAUAAAUAGAGCAUGUCAUUGAGUGAUUUACGUGUUAGAUAUAUAUAUGAUCUGUGGCAACACAUAUAUCGUUACUGAAUUUUGAAUUUAUUAAAAAAUUGAAAUCCUAUUAUCAUCAGGCUAAAUGUAAAGUACUUUUGUAUUAAUUACUGAUGCUAAUUUGCACUCGCUGCGUGCUAUUUUCAUCCUUCAUAAACAUGCCUUGCAAUAAUAUUUUCAAGUCUCGAAUGAAUUUUAUAUAUAUAGAUAUAAAAGAAAUUGAACAAUUUAUCGGAAAUUUGCUUAAUAGUAUAAUACGGUUCACCUUUUCAUACUAUUAUAAGAUUCUCUGGGAAAGUAUUACAUAAUCUUUGAAAUGGAAAAGACUUUUCAAGAGUUCUUCAAAUAGAUAAUGAAAAGGUUAAUAUAGCCACUAGAUUACCUUAACCUUGUCUUUUAUUCUCAGUCCUGUGCACUCGAUUUAUGAAGGGAUAAAAGAAAAAAAAGGAUAGUGCUGGAUAAAAUGUCUACCAUUUUCGCUCUAUUUUGGACAGUAAUUGUGUCCAGGCUAUAACUGCCAAUUCUUUAUGAGAAACUGAAUUUAAGUGAUCGUGUCGUCAGUAUCAUGUGCAAUUUUUACAUCAACUUAUAUUAUUUUAGUUCUUACUUUCUAUGUAAUAAAUUGAAUAUUGUUUAAACGAAUAAUUCUGUACAGUAUAGAACAUACGAGGUUUGCCUAGGCAAAAUGGCGAUAUAGGAAGAAAAAGCUCUACCACUCGUGUAUAAACGUUUACCCGGGAAUAUUUUACUCCUAAUAUUUUAAAAUUUUUAAUUUGUUUCUUUAGAACUUUUAAAUUUGAAUUUCUCAGAUUAAAAAAAUUUUGAAAUUUUAGUUUCGGAAUCUUGAAAUUUAAUACAUAUGUUAUAUUGUAUCAUAUUUAAUAAUUAAAAAUUAUAUCCAGUUAAAUUAGUACCUCAAAUUAGGAUUUUGAACAUUCCUUUUUCCUGCCAUUUUUCCUAGGGAAACUUAUCAUGCUCGAUAUUGCAUCUGUUAAAAUCAAGAAAGCGAAAAUCGGAAUGAAAGGAGUUUUAAUUUAUUUCUAAGAAAUUAUUGAAGUUAACGCAAAAGGGUCCAACGUUUUUAACAAUUUGAAAUUUAUUUUUGGGGUGCGGCGAUGGAUAAAAUUUGCAUAUUUUUAUAGAAAUAAUUCCUUUAUAUAUUUAAACAAAUUGUAAAUGAAUAAUUUCAGAUAGAACUUGUUUGAUGUGAUGUUCUCGUAAUGCUGACGAUAUGCUUCAUAUAUCAUUAAUCAAAUAACUUGUGGUGAAUGAAUGUAGUACAAUGAUCACUUACUGUUAUAUAAGUGGGGAACGAAAUAAGUUCCAUUUGUACAGUUAUAUAGUUACAUAUUCACAUAUAAAUGCAUAAUACAUAGUUGUAAUAUCAAUAUUAGUGAACUUAAAGUAGAAACAUUUGAAGGUUUAUGAAAAGAAGAAAAAAUUGUUGAUUCUUACUAUUAUCCAUGUUAGGAAUUAAAAAGGUAAAAAUACAGUUGUUUUCUGUACAGUCGCAAAAUCAGAGUAAAAGUAAGAGAACUGUUAGACAUGAAUAUAAUUCGCAGCAAAUUAUUCUCUGGUUCGUGGUUUUAUAUGAUACGUUUAUGUAAUUCAUCAACUUAUAAACAAUGAUCAGGGAAUAAACAGUUCUUUAUAUUCAAACGUAAGAGAUAUUCUAAAAGAAGAUCUGAAAAAGUUUCGUAUAUUGUCAUUGGUGUAAUUAGAAUUCUUUUAUGGAAUGGACCAGGAUGUUUAAUACUGUUUAAUUUUGUUCUGUUUUAGUUGAAUUACGUAUUACAAUUAGGCAAAGUAUUUAGUUCUGUUAAAAUAAGAUUCUACGAACAGGGCCGCGUCUAGAGCUAUUUGAGCCUGGGUAUAUACAUGGAAAUCGCGGUCUUUCUUACAUAUAUUUAUAUCAUUUGGUUUAUUUAUUUCAUGCAGUAAUAACAUAUACUUCCAUUUUGCCCAGGAGUAAACGCGGCCUUGUCUACAAGAGAAUUUUGAAAUUUUUGAAAUCUAGUAUUUUGAAUAAUCUAAGUUUUAGAUUUUUAGAAUUUUGAAGUCCGGAAUUUGUGAUUUCUGAUAUUUUGGAGUUUCGGGUUUUGAAUUUUGAAAUUUUUAGAACUCUGAAAUUUUGCAAAUUUUACGUUUUUUUAGGGGCUCACCCUGGCCCCUACCUAGUUACACCAAUGUAUAUUGUUCGUCCUUAAAAUCAUUAACUAUUUAUUAAGAUAUGUGCGAUAAAUUUUAAGUAAUUAAUUUUGGACUUUUCAAUUAUUGUUAAACAUAUCCCAUGAAUGUAAAAGUUAAAAAAAGAGCACUAGGAACUUUUAAUGGUAUCAAGAACUUUGAUACUACUCAAAGAAGCGCUCUCUGUUAGCAUGUUUUUAAUACCUAUUACUUCUCAAUCUGUACGCAGAAACCACGUAAUAUAUAACAUUAGUGAAA